GCUCGCGAGGUGGAAGAGAAAAAGAUGAAGAGGAAGACGUCAAAAGGAUGGAAAUAUGUGUUCUCUCACACACAGUGGACCACUUGGCGCUAGCUUACAACGCUAGCUGCCUUCAGCCUUCAGCCCACCUGCAGUUCCUGGCCCGAGCUCUUCGGAGUGCGAUGACGGAGCGCCAAACCCCCACUAAAACAUUUCGCCUGUUGAGUCUUCGGUGAGGGGUGUUGAUCUUGGGGAAGGAAAACUUUCGGCUUUCUCUUAUUUAACUUCACUUCCACCACAUCUUGGUACAAUUCUUCUGACAACAAUACCUCACAACACAACAAUCAUGGCAGGACCAAAGAAAGUGCUCAUGCUCGGCGCUGGCUUCGUCACCAGUGCGUACUGACCAGACCUUGACGUUAUCUAAAAAUGCUCCCACUAGGCAAUUGCUGAUUACGCUUUGUGUACAGAGCCUACAUUGGAUGUUCUCAGUGAUGCUGGCAUUGAGGUCUCAGUUGCUUGCAGAACUCUCGAAAGUGCAAAGAAACUCUCCGAAGGUGUCAAGCAUGCCACCCCGAUCUCCCUCGAUGUCACCGACCCAAAGGCCCUCGAUGCUGAAGUUGCCAAGAAUGACCUGGUCAUCAGUCUGAUCCCAUAUACCUUCCACGCUACCGUUAUCGAGUCUGCCAUUCGAAACAAGAAGCAUGUGGUCACAACCAGUUACGUCUCCCCAGCAAUGCUUGAGUUGGACCAAAAGGCCAAGGAUGCAGGCAUCACCGUCAUGAACGAGAUUGGUUUGGACCCUGGAAUUGAUCACUUGUACGCUAUCAAGACAAUUGAGGAGGUUCACCAGGCUGGAGGGAAAAUUACUGGAUUUGUGUCUAUGUGUGGCGGGUUGCCAGCUCCAGAGGCAUCAGACAACCCACUCGGAUACAAGUUCUCAUGGUCUUCCCGCGGUGUUUUGUUGGCAUUGAGAAAUUCUGCAAAGUACUACAAGGAUGGCAAGGUCGUCGAUAUUGAGGGCAAGGACUUGAUGGGUGCGGCAAAGUCGUACUUCAUCUACCCUGGAUACGCCUUCGUCGGCUACCCAAACAGAGAUUCUACUCCUUACAAGGAGCGCUACAACAUCCCAGAAGCUCAGACCAUUAUCAGAGGUACUCUCAGAUACCAAGGAUUCCCAGAGUUUGUCCGUGUGCUGGUUGACAUGGGUUUUCUGAGCGAUGAACCUGUAGCAGCUCUGAAGAAGCCAAUUCCAUGGAAGGAAGCUACACAGAAGAUCCUUUCUGCCACCUCCUCCAGCGAGCAAGAUCUCAAGUGGGCCAUUGCCUCCAAGGCCAACUUCAAGGACACCGAAGAGAAGAACCGCCUCAUGGCCGGUCUCAGCUGGGUUGGUAUCUUCUCCGACGAGAAGAUUAUUCCCCGCGGCAACCCACUGGACACUCUCUGUGCUACUCUCGAGAAGAAGAUGCAGUUCGAGGAGGGCGAGCGUGAUUUCGUCAUGCUGCAACACAAGUUUGAGAUUGAGAACAAGGAUGGCGGCAAGGAGACACGAACCUCUACUCUUGUCGAGUACGGUGAUCCAAAGGGAUACUCUGCCAUGGCUAAGUUGGUUGGUAUUCCUUGUGGUGUCGCUGUCAAGCAGGUGCUUGAUGGUACGAUUUCUGAGACGGGUAUCCUCGCUCCUAUGUCAUCGAAGAUCAAUGAUCCUUUGAUGAAGGAGUUGAAGAAAUAUGGUAUUGAGUUGGUUGAGAAGGUCAUCUCAUAAGUUGGAUCUAUCUCUUCAAAAGCGUUUCGGUCACUAUAAUAAAAUAGAUUCAUGAUUCGCGUUUCAUAUUCCGCACAUUUUCUCGAUUUCAGUGUAGACCUUGAGACGUAUGUGGAUUACGAUAGAUGACUCUGAAUAUCUCGGUCUGUUGCAUAGAAGGCUUGAAAUAGCUGUCUCAGACAAGUAAGAAGACAAAUUGUGUGGUAGUACAGGAUGAAGAUGGAAGGGGGGUCCUUGCGAACAGGAGCUGGCCAGCUCGAAGUCCUUAACCUGGUAGAUCGUCGUUCAGGCCAUUGAGAGAAGCGACGAAAAAUAUAGGUUGCUUCAGUAUUGAAUAUCCAGCGUUGCACAUCCUCCCCUGAAAUGUAUAUUGGCUAAACACAUCUCCUACCCCAACUCUCCCACCUUUCUUCCACCCUUCUUACAAUCUAACAAAUCUUGAAAAAUCAAGGGAGAAGAGCUCAAGCCAUUGAAAUCGCAGCCCCAGACAAAACCCAGCAUGAGCAGCCCAGUCGUGUCACAGUCAUCUAUCACAGCCUCCUUCACCACACAAUAUCUAUA